GCCAUACAACAAACACAAAUUGCAGCCAAGAUCCUUACCCUCAACCUUCAUUGGCUUCAGCUCUCAACAUAAAGGUUAUAAAAUACUUCUACCCUCUGGCAAGGUUAUUGUUACAAGAGAUGUCAUCUUUGAUGAAUCUCUGUUCCCUUUUUCCAAGCCAACUCCCACACAUUCUAACCUUGAUCAGCUACAAUCCUUUCUAAACCAACCCCCAUCCAUAGUGUAUAGUCCUACCUCUGCAAACCCCUCUUCAAACCCUCACAUCUCCACACCACCUCACUCCUCCUCAACUAUAUCUCCCACUCCUGUUCAAAAUAAUUCUCAACACUCAUCACCCUCCAGUGCUUCCUCUUCUACUCAGUCAAACAACUCUUCUCACUCCACUGUUCCUUUGUAUGUUGAUUUGCCAAUUGUGAGGGAAAAUACAUCUGAGUCUACUGUUCCAACUAAUAAUAAUGCUGCUAAACACCAUAUGAUAACCAGGUCAAAGACAGGUUCUCUUAAACCGAGGAUCAUUUCAGCUCAACUCACUCAGGAGGAACCAUCCUCCUACAAGGAAGCAUUUACUCAACCUGCAUGGAAAGCAGCUAUGAUGUCAGAAUACCAGGCUCUCCUGCAGAACAACACCUGGUCCCUUGUCAGUCCAGCACCAAACAGAUCAAUCAUUGGCUGCAAGUGGCUAUUCAAGCUAAAAAGGCAUGCAGAUGGUAGGGUGGCCAGACAUAAAGCCAGGCUAGUUGCCAAAGGCUUCAGUGAAACUGCAGGCAUAGACUUCUAUGAGACAUUUAGCCCAGUUCUUUUGAAGCUCUUUCCCAACAUGCUGCCAUCAACCUUCCAGGACAAGAUGAAAGAACUGGUAAAAUGCAGAAGCAUUAAACGAAGGUUGCACGCCAAAAUAGAAUAUGCAAAGUUUCUCCAAGAGACUGUCAAAGAAAUGGCAAAAGAGGUGCAAAAUUCACGUAGUGGAGAAACUAAGAAGACAGCUGAGGACCUUGCUGAAUUUCUGAAUAAGGUCUGUACGAUUUCAGUAUUAUACCAAUUCAUAAGAAGUGUAGCUUAUAUAAGAAGAUUUGUUCAAUACAGGUCAGAAGUGGUGCCCGUGUCGAACGAGGAAAUUUUGGGAUUUGCUAAGCUGUUCAAUGAUGAACUCACAGUAGAUAAUAUUAGCAGACCACGACUUGUAAAUACGUGCAAGUACAUGGGUAUCAGCUCUAUUGGAACAGAUGCUUAUUUGCGUUAUAUGCUACGGAAGAGAUUGCAGAGGAUUAAAAAUGAUGACAAAUUGAUUCAAGCUGAGGGCGUGGAAUCUCUAUCAGAAGCUGAACUUCGUGAAGGUUGUCGUGAGAGGGGCAUGCUUGGAGUGCUUUCUGUGGAUGAAAUGCGCCAACAGCUGCGAGAUUGGCUAGAUUUAUCACUAAAUCAUUCUGUUCCGUCUUCACUUCUGAUCCUUUCCAGGAAGAACUUAUCACGAUUGAUGAACAUGUAUUUUCGGUUGAAGAACUUGAUUGCAACAUGUAUUUUCGGAUACUGCACAAAGUCACCCUAUG